UAGUAUACCGGCAACAGUAUCUUGGCAUAGCUCCAAUAAUUGCAUCACGAACAUUUAAAGUACGACAGGCGAUCUUUCGGAAUUAAUUCAAGUAGAAACAUUGCAACUUACAACACCUCGGCAACUUUGUGGCAUCUUAGAGAAACUGAAGGAACCUCAUAAGGACACGAUAAAAUAAUACUAGAAAAGACAUAAAACACUCAAACUGACUUAUUCCAAAAGUACUUAAAUAAAACUAAAGAACUGGAACCAAUAAUUUAAUUGAACAAUAAUAACGAGGAGGAAAACGAAAAGACGAAGAUGAAUUUGAAACAAACCUCGUCGACUUCGCAUAUUGUGGCUUGCCUUGUAACAGUUCUAACACUUACAACAGAGGCGUUUAGGCUGGACAGAAACUUGCGAAAAAGGAACUUUCUAUCUGGUGUUGGAGAAGAGAAACCACAUAAACUAUUCUUCAAUGAGGAAGUGCCUCCAGAGAGAAAAGAAGUAAGCCUCGGCGAAAAGGUUGUAAUCGAGUGUUCUGCUGGCGGAAGUCCCUCACCAACAAUACAUUGGCUUUACAAUGGAGAGAGGUUACAGCAGAGUGAAAGAAACGUUAUCGAAGAUGAAACAACAACAUUUGAAAAUACCCCAAAAAAUAGAAAAAUGAGUCUUUUGAAGUUGAGUUCUACCAAAGCCAAACUGACUAUAGACUGUGUUACACCGGAAGACCAGGGUACAUAUACUUGUGUAGCAAGCACGCCUUACAAUACAAUUACAGCAGAUACAGAAAUGUAUGUGGGCAAUGAUAUUGGAGGCGAUGUAAGUGAGAGGUGUGUCGUCAAGAAAAGCGGAAAUGCGAUACCAAUAUUUGCUGAUGACUAUUUUAUACCUGGCGUACCAGCCCGUGUCUAUAUGUGGACCUCUCAGAGAUUGGAGAAACAGGGGGCUGAUGUUCAACUAUACUGUCGAGGAGACGGGCAUCCAGCCCCAACCGUCCAGUGGAUAGAUAACAAUGGAAACCAUAUCAACCCAGGACGCGGAGGCAAAGAGCAAGUACUAGAAAACGGUGAUCUGUUGAUAAAGAACAUUCAGUGGUUAGAAAACAUGGGCAAUUAUAAAUGCAAAGUGGAGAACGAGUAUGGAUCCGAAACUGUGGAGACAUUCCUUUACCCUACUGUUUAGAUUGGAUGAGGUUUCAAUGUCUCCUAACAUUCCAAUCGCUGCCAGCCAAGUAACGGCACCACAAAUUAUCACGCACCAACUAGCCAACCGAGAGGCACCAAAAUUCAUCAGCUUGCCAACCACUACAAGGCACAUCAAGUAGCACAUGUUCAUGCGGAAGCAGUUAGAUCCCUCGGUGACAUUGAGCAUCAAACUAUGAUCAUGACACUUGAAGUCUUACUCUUUUCAACCUAUGAUAGUGGGAAGACCUAAACGUGUUUUUCUAAACUAUAAUUAAAGUGCAAUGCUAUUAACAUCAGGAAAUGUGUUAUUUAGAUGAUUAGAUGAUAUGCUUAUUUACGUUGCUCUUGCUAAGAUUGCAGUGGAUUAAAAUCAUGAAAAUAUACCUGUACAAAUAAGUAGUUGGGCAACUUACAUUUUGGCAUAUAAUUGAUUUAUCCAAAAAGUAAUUGUGAUUUUCUUCUUGAACAACUUUAAUAUCAAAAUGAAAAAAUGUACAAAGCUUUUUCUCUUGAACGAAAUUACAAUAAAUUGCAAAUCCUCUUAUUUAGUACCACUACAAAUAUUUUUCCAAAGCAAGGUGAAAUUGUUUUGGUUUGAAAACUACUUAUUACCUGAAGAGCAUAACUUUAAAGCUAGAUUAUCA